CGAGGAAUUUCCCGCCAAACGGGAGUGAAUCGCGUUCGGUGGAGGACUACGCUGUUUUACGCCGCAAAUUCGUGUGUUUACGUUAGAUUUUUGAAGUGAAUUGUGAACAACUUUUCGCAAACUUGUUUAAAAAAGCUGUUACGGAUGAGGAUGUAUAAUAAAUCUGGUGAAAAGCGUCGUUUCGACGAAAUGGACGGCGAUGACGAAGAAGCUAUUGGGACAUUGUGCAGGCUGAGUGGAGGUCAUCCUACUUCGCCUGUGUGUGCCAUGGAGAAUGAGAAGCGCAUUCGUCGGGAGAUCGCGAACAGCAACGAGCGACGCAGGAUGAAAAGCAUCAACGCUGGAUUUGCUUCGCUUAAAGAGCUGCUACCUAACACUGAUGGAGAAAAACUGAGCAAGGCUGCGAUCUUACAGCAGACAGCAGAUUACAUCUACAAGUUGGAAAAAGAAAGACAAGAACUUAUGAGUCAAAACAACGAACUCAAAAAAAUACUUCAACAAGAAAGUUUAGAUGGGAGUUCAUCUGAAGGCGAGAGCCCCGUCUUGACUGAAAUUCUGUCGACGAUACAAGAUCUUCAAAACAAUCCCAGUGCCUGCAAGCUCCCUAACACUGAGUUCCAUAAGCUGAACAACAAUAGUUCGAGUAAAAAUAACAACAGUAUCGAAAAGUCUUUGGUUCCUCUGGACAGAAACAACCGACUCAGCGCAGCAGUGUGCACUAAAAUUGACGGGAAGAAUGUGCUCGUUAGUCGACAGACGGUUCGUUUACACAAAAACGCUCGACAACAAGACUCCGAGGAUCGUAAUUGUGUUGGUAAAGAAGAAACUCAAUAUUUUGUGGAAGCUCCACUUCAUUACGUUGAUGUUAAAACUGAACAGUACACGGAGCGACGUCGCCGAUCCAACGUCGACGAUUCCGUCAAGACCCUCGUCCACUGCUCUGCAAAUAAGCAGAUAAAAAUGGGAUACGGAACUGAUGAUGAAGUUAAAUCAGAGCCAUGCGAAUACGGCCCAGUAUCAACGCUCGGCUUCGAGUCUUGCGAAGCAGUACCACGAACAGCAAGUAUUGCCGUUUCGGCGAAUGGUAACAAUGGAACAGUUUUGCAUAACACCAAUACUGCUCGCUGUUUCACCAUCAAUGCGGGAAGUGUCCAUCACCCGAAUUCGGGACACACAGGCACAACCAUCGUCACCAUUUUACCACCUACUCCCCCUCAUCCAACAUCGAUGCCUUCAUUGCCGAUCUCCCUUACAACCGUGAGCAAAGUUGGAACACCCGUCCUGGAGGUCGUUUCUAACCAAGGCAAAGGCAUCACUCAACAACGCAUGGUGGACGAAGAACGUUGCACAAUCAUCCCUCGAGUAGAGGUGGAGCCAGCAUCUCGUAUUCCAACCCCCGACGAGUAUAGUUCUGGAGAAAGUCCGCCCCAUCACCAACACCAGCUUCAACAAGAAAUUCAUGAAGGAGAGAGCAUCGGACCUGGCAUCGGAUCGUCAAAUGCUAACUCCGGAAACAACCAGUCUUGCCAGAAGUCUUUGGAUACGAUUUGUGAAGCUAUAAGGCACCUGGAAGGUGAUCACAUGUUUUCUGCCACUGAUGAUCAUUGUCAGCUUAACAGGAUAGAGGAGGAAAUCAUCACAGAAGAAACGUUCCCCAUCCAUGACUCGACAACAGGAUCUUUGCACGACGAGCCAUCUUUCCACAGCAGUAACGGUGGUAUUACUGGAACCAUUGUGCGUCACGUUAAAGAUUCCAUCUAUGAAAUAUGUCCAUCUCCUAAUAAUGGACAGACGACGACUUUUCAGCAACGAAUUCAGUUCCACCCAAACACCACUAUGGUGUAUGGCUUAGAUGAACACCUCGUGGCGUCUGAGCCACAAGAGGUACCAUUGGAGCUCACUACAAAUAACCGUUUUGAACGAAUUGAUUCUCCUCCACCCACUUCAAUAUCUAUCCAAGGUAACGCAUUCUCAUCAACUAAUUUGAUUCAAGCAUCUCGACCUGGCGUCAUUGUUGUUAAACAGGCAUAAACAGCGAUGUUUCUCAAUUCAAUUUUACGUGUUAAUAGGUGUAAAUGCAUUUGUUGCGUCAACUGUACAUACAUACGUUUUAUUGAACGUACUCAUCUGUGACGAACCGAUUAAAUCGAGGUGCUAUGAAACUGAACUUAAUUUUUUGGCUAAUGCGUACAUAGUUUUUUUGUCAUUAAGUAAAACAAAAUGAUUAGGAAAGAUAACAGUAGUUCCAUGCCAGAGACGUUUCAAUACUACCAUAAAAAUUAGUGCAACUUAAAUUCGUUCCGCCUCAUGGUUAUUGGUUUGUACAGCGUGUCACUCGUCUAGAAUCAGUAAUCUCGUUAAUUUUUUGGCUGUUUUGUAUAAUAGGUACUUCUAGAAUGUAUUUUUCCUUUAGAAUAAGUUUGUUAUGUUGUUGAAGUAUCGGUUAUUGAUUCAAAGCUGAAUUAAAAUCGGAUUAAGUUCCUGCUAUAACUAAGUUUUUUUUUCUGCUUGGCGACUGCACGGUCCCAAAAUUACACGUGAAUUAUUUGUUGUCAAUGACCUCACUGCUACGAUGACUACAAUGCAGUCUCCAAUGACUUCAAGUGCUUUGAUUAUUUUUUUGGGAGAUAUAUAUUCUCAACUGGAUUCAGAUCUAUUCUUUCCGUAUUUUCAGUUGUGCUCAGUGCCAAAAAUUGCGUCCAAUCAGAUGAUUCUACACUGCGGUAGACAGCUGAUACUUGUUGAAUCUUUUUCUUUCAGCACUGAUCGUCGAACAAAAAAAAAAAAAAAGUUUCUGCCUGUCAAAACCUGACUUAUGUUACAGUGUAUAUCCAGAUUCUUGGGUUGUAAAUAAAAUAAUCUGGAAUAGUAUAUGUGAAGUUCCGACUUCUACGAUGAGUACUUCAACGUACUUAUUGAAAAAGUGCUAAAUUUUUAGAGAGCGCGGCAGUAUUACGUAGCGUAGGGAGAUAGAAUGCUUUGACUCAUUCAAUAUCAAUGAGUUGAGAACUCCGACCUUGUUAACGUGGGACUUGACCUAGGCAAGUGAACCAUCUUAGAAACAUUACGAGGCGGGAGUGUGGCAUGAAGAAGAUUCUGUUCAUAGCAAAGUGAUUUUAAGGACAAAUGUUAUUUGCUCAAGGAGUUACUUGUAAAUUAAGCUUUGGUCAAUUGGUAAGUAUUGUGAUGUUCUGCACUAUUUUGGAAUCCCUUUCUUUCUUCAUGAUAGCCUUAUGAUUCAAAUUUUUCACAGAAGAUAACCAUUACACGCUUAAACGUAUAUCAAGUAAGGUGAACUGCUGCAAAGGUUGCUCUGUGCCAAUUUGAGGCAUGGCACUCGAUUGGGGUGCAUCCCAAUAUAUUACCCUUGAAACAAAUGUGUUUACAUUCAUUUUAGGAUCGUGUUAUUGGACUGUAAAUCAAGGUUUAGUUGCAUUUUAUUUCUGAAUCCUCGGGGAUGUAACUCAAGUUUCUAUCACAUUAUAAGUUUUUUCCCGAAACAUGCAGAUGUAUCAUUUUAUGGACGUGCAUAAAGUUAGAUUUAGGUUAACGUACGAAUUCCUCUUUGUUAGGUUUCAGUUAGACUUUAGUGUCAAUCAAUUUCGAAUAUCGGACGAGUCAUAUGAGCAUGAUCGGGUGCAAUUAUGGUUCGAUCGAGAUGAAUGGGGUCCCAAUUUUCUUACAGUACAAAUAUUUAUGUUGUCUCACCAAGUUACCGUCUGUGCUUUUUUGGUCGCUUUUUGUGUUAGAAUAUGUUAUUCGCUAUAUGCACAGGUUUAUUGUAGCUAUCGGCGAAUAAUUGAACCAAAGACUUUUCGCAGUGGUGCUUCUUAUGACCACUAAUUAUUGAAUGAAAUCCAUUGUGUAAGGGUGUCCUUCACUUCAUUGUAGUUUUUUUCUUAUAAGUAAUUUUACCAUAAAACGGAAACUAGUAAA